UUGAGGUUUGGGGCAUAACAGGCCAAUCUGAGAUUCUCUGCUGCCAGUCUUCAUCACUCAAGUCUCCGAAGCAGCCAUGGCAGCAGUGCCUGAACUCACCAGUGGAAUGACGGCUUAUCACAGUGAUGAGAAUGACUUCUUUGAGGCUGAUGGGCCCAAGCAAGUGAAGGGUUCCUUCACAGUGCUGCCUCCCGACCUGGCCCUGUGCUCCCCACACGAGGGCAUCCAGCUCCAGUUCUCCCGUCAGUACUUCAACAAGAGCGUGCGGCAGGUGGUGUCGCUCAUCGUGGCCGUGGAGAAGCUGGGGCGCGAACCCGUUCCCUGCUCACGGCCCGGCCGGGAUAAUGACCUCAGAAGCUUCCUCUCCUUCAUCUUUGAAGAAGAACCCAUGAUCUUCGACGCUUGGGAUGAUGGUUCCUAUGUGCACGACGCCCCCGUGAGAUCCCUGAACUGCACGCUCCAGGAUGGACAGCAGAAACGCCUUGUGCUGUCUGAACCCUGUGAACUGAAAGCGCUCCACCUCCAGGAGCCCAAUCUGAGCCAGCAAGUGGUGUUCUCCAUGAGCUUCGUAGUGGGGGAAAGAAGCAAUGACAAAAUACCUGUGGCCUUGGGCCUCCGGGGGCAGAAUCUCUACCUGUCGUGCGUGCUGAAGGACCAGACGCCUACCCUGCAGCUGGAGAGUGUAGACCCCAAUGAAUACCCCAAGAGGAAGAUGGAAAGACGGUUUGUUUUCAACAAGAUAGAAAUCAAAAACAGGGUAGAGUUUGAAUCUGCUCAGUACCCCAACUGGUACAUCAGCACCUCUCAAGAAAAUCACCUGCCGGUCUUCCUGGGCAACAGCGGCGGCCAGGAUAUCACGGAUUUCACCAUGGAAUCUGUUUCUUCCUAAACAGAGCCAGACCCAGCAGAUCCACAUCAGGCUGAAUGUAUCAUGCACCUUGGGGCUGGUGGAAGGCAGACAGGAGGAUUCUGAGAGGCUGUAGGCUAAAUGUGAUUCCUGUCUCCACUGAUGCCCACGUGCUUCCGCGGGGCAUUCUAGGGAGCUCAGUUGCCACGAGCCAGACGUCAACUCUGUUCCCCCAGGGAAACCAUGAGACCUUUCGCUGAGCCCAGCCUCUCCCGUCUGUCCUGCUUCCUCAAAGCCAGCCUGACAGAAACUUUGGCAUAUCCUGUGUCAAGACACCUCUGUCUUUGCUUCUAGCUUCUGAUGAGCAACUCAUUUGCCAACUAUUUAUGUAUUUAUUAAUUGGUUGACUUAUUUAAUUCAGUGGGGAUAAGAGGCAGCAGUGCCUUCAAAAGAGCCUUGUUUCCAAUAUUUAUGAAAUAAGUUUAAUUUGGGCUGAUGUGCCGCCUACAUCGAGUCCUUUCCAGGAGGCUAAGAAAUAGAUAAGCUCAUCUUUUGUAUGUAGGGAUAUUUAUGAAUGGAGAAAUAUGAUCGCACUGUUUCAUUGGGUCUGAAAUAAAUUUCACUGAAUAAAA